CCGACACAAAUUCAAUCCUACCCAACCCGAUUGACACCCUAAAGAUAAGAUUCGUUCUUUAUCCCUGUCACGCAAUUCACAAGCUAACAAAACAGUGCUGCAAAAUAAAGUACAAUAUAACCGACAUUGAAAGAUUCUGUGUCUUUGUUGAAACUGAAAAACUGAAGUUUGGGAAAACCAGAAAUGGAGAUAACAAAACCAAAGUCAGAGCCAACUUUGAUGAAGUUAAAGCCAAUAGAAGCAACCAAAGAAAGCUUCAAAGAAUACGGACAAGUCAUUGAAGCAUCCGCAGAUGGAGAAGAGUUUGGUCCAAAUGAUGCUCAGUUAGACCUUUCCAAGGGAACUCCCAGGUUUUACAUCAUGCACCUUCAGGAUCGACCACUGGAGUUUUCCACUAUUACUCAUCAUGCCAGUGUGACCCAAUGCCUUGGAUCCAUUGGAGGUCAUGUUUGGUAUCUUGGAAUUGCUAAGCGAUCCAUACUGGACUCAAAAGAAGUAAAGAGUGACAAGGGGAAGAUGGCGGUGCAGUCGCAUUGUUUUCAUUUCUAUUUGCCUCCAGCCAUUGAUGACGUAUGUGUUUUCAGAAUUGCAGGUCCCAAGUUUCUCAAACUUGAUUGUGGAACAUGGCACGCUGGGCCUUUGUUUAAGGCAGAUGCUAUGGACUUCUACAACUUGGAGCUAAGCAAUACCAAUGUGGUGGAUCAUACAACGCACAACUUCAUCAAGGAAAAUGGAGUGAUCUUUUCAAUCAAUGAGUAACUGUAUACCUUACUUCUUUGGUGUGUACUCAUCAUCAGAAACUGGUUCUGAAGUUUCUCAUGAUAUAGAAAGAAAAGAUAUGCAGCUGCAAGACAUGUCAUUUCUGGAAAGUUUGAAAACUUUACAUGCCUAGUGUCAAGUAUUCUGGUAUUGCAUUCUCAUUUUUGCUACCAUGCUACUAUAUUGUGAUGUACAUGGAUUCUUGACAUAAUUUAAUACUUUCAUCUUUCAUAAAAUUAUUAAAUCUGAUAAUUUUAAACAUGACACGAA